GCUCCAUAUAUUCCGUGAAAAUUUGCUCGACUUAACAACUAUACAAAGCGAUCUGAUCCUGCGAGGGUUUUACGUACGCGGCGCUUGGUUGAAGCAGGCAACAACAUGGGCAACGCCGCCGCCGUGCCGUCGUCGUGCGCUUCGGCGGACGCGGCGCCGUCGACGACGCCGACCAUCAAGCUGCUCAUCGCCAAGGAGGCCCAGGUCGUGCUCUUCGCCGAGGCCGGCAAGGACGUCGUCGACUUCCUCGUCGGGCUCCUCGCCAUGCCGGUCGGCGCCGUGGUGAAGCUGCUCGCGGGCGAGAACGCGCUCGGCGGCGUCGCGAACGUGUACGCCAGCGUGAGGAGGAUGGACGCCGCGUACAUGCAGAGCGCGGAGGCGCGCGACGCGCUGCUGAACCCGGCGCCGGCGCACCCCUGCCUCGCCGCCACCGCCGGUGGCUUCCCGUCCCUCGUCCAGCCCCCGCGCGUCCAGGCGCCGUACGUUGCUCCUCCUCCUCCUCCGCCGCCGCCGCCGGGCCACCCGGCCUACCAGUGUUCGACCAUCCGGCCGACGACCCCGUCUCUGCCGUCUCUGAAGGCGGCGUUCCCGCCCUUCGGCGCGGGGAUGUCGUCGGACACGGGCUGCCGCUGUUCGACCUGCCUCGCCGCCGCCCAGACUGGCAAAGGGUUCGUGCGGGACGUGGUGACGUACACCGUCAUGGACGACCUCACCUUCAUGCCCAUGUCGAGCAUCUCCAGCAUCGCGCUGCUCAGCAAGCUCGGCGUCGAGGACCUCUCCGCGCUCGAGGAAAAGACGGUCAAGAUCGGCUACCAAGAGGGUUUGGAGAUUCUGAAGGCAUCGUUGCAGUCCAAGACCGUGUUGACAGAUGUCUUCCUGAACAGGAAGAAGAAGGCUCGUGCCGGCGACAAGCACCAUAGAUCCGGCGACAAGAACGUCGACGCCCGAGCAACGAGCGAGAAGAAAGACGCCGCCGCCGCAGUCCAGAUGGAGAAGAGCGCGCCGCCGAUGCCACAUGAUUUUGACGUCUAGUUCAGUUCAGAUUAAUGUCAAAAAAACAGAUCCUACUUUUGAAAGAACUUUACCACCAAACAGAAGCAUAAUGCGUUGGUUGAUUUCUGCGACGUUCUUGUAGGAGGCCUUUAAAA